UCAGCUCAUGAAACAUGGGACCAACACUUUACAUGUUGUGUUUAUAUUUUUGUUCAGUAUAGCAUGCUCAGCUUCUGCUAUGAUUUCUGCUAUGAUAGCCCAUUUUCUAAAGUCUUGAGAAAAACAAUGUCUAAAAAUGUGGAAGGUAUAUAGGCUAAGAGUUAUUUGUGGGCACGAAAAACAUGUUUAUAUUGAUAAUUCUGGUAUAGAAUGUUUAGAAUAUGGUCCAUAAUCAAUAUCCAUUGAUUCAAAUAAUCAAUUUGAAUUGUGUAUCCAGGUCAUCACUGAUCAUAUCAAACAAUUCCUCAUAGUCUACUGUAUAUGGCUUUUGAAUAUAUUCKGUGCGCCCUAGUGUUUUCAGCUACAAACAUGCGGUAAUGCUUUGUGAAACGAUGAGAUUUCUGGUGCAGCAUGUUGGGGGUUUCGCGCAGUGUCAGUGUCACUACAUUACCGCUUGCAUGCAUUUAUUGAAAGAACGGAUUGCAAUGUCAAUCGGAGGAAUGCGCUGAUCUCGGGAACUAUAGAGCAGACACAGGAGGGCCUGAAUUAGCCUCAUCGAUGAGCCAAACUGAGAUGGAGAUGUCUGCGGGUCCAGCGGGGGGCACGCAGAGGACUGGUACGGUGAAGAGGAAGAUGUGGGGGGGCCUGAGGCAGCAGUGGAAGCUACUGGGCCUGUUUGAGAUUGACCAGCAGCACGAGUUCUACAGCCUCACCUCUAUGAUGAAGGAAGGCCUCUCUGCAGCCGUACAGAACACCAUCGACAACCCACCACCGGAUGAAUUGUCAGAAGAUGACUACAGAUUGGAGGUCACUCAAAUACAUAAGGACUUCAGAAUGGAGACGUUUGCAGGGCCAGUGUUUGCCAGCUUGCGUCGCUCCCUGGGGAUGACAGAAAAGGAGUAUCAGCACUCUCUCUCCGACGACGGUUCCUACCUGCAGUUCAUCAGCAACUCCAAAAGCAAGGCCGACUUCUUUCUCACGAACGAUAAGCGGUUCUUUCUGAAGACCCAGAACAAGAGGGAGGUGCAAUUCCUCCUGUCCAACCUAAGAAUCUACAUGGAGCACCUAGAGAAGUAUCCUCAUUCACUGCUGGUCAAGUUCUUAGGUGUCCACAGGAUCAAAAUCCCGCAUAGGAGGAAGAAGUACUUUAUUGUAAUGCAGAGUGUUUUUUACCCUGACGAUCGAAUCCAUGCCAGGUAUGACAUCAAGGGUUGUGAGGUGAGCCGGUGGACAGACCCAGCCCCAGAGGGAAGUCAGGUUAUCGUUGUCCUCAAGGACUUGAACUUCGAGGGCCAGUACAUCACUCUGGACCAGCACCGUCCAUGGCUGCUCCGGCAGGUGGAGAUUGACACGUCGUUCCUGCAGAGACUCAAUGUGCUGGACUACAGCCUCCUGGUGGCUCAUCAGCCCCUGCACCAGGAUGAACGCCACCAGUGCCUGUCCUUCGCCACCCUUAUCAUGCGCACUAAAAAGUCAGUGAUCACAUGCUCAAGCCCCACCCAUGCGGGCAUGCCCACAGUUCCGGGGGCGGUCCCAGAGGAAGAUUCCGCCCUGUUGGUAUCAGAGAUGGACGGCGGGACAGGAAGUUGCAGAGUUACUGAGUCACGGGUAGGAAGUGACCUGGGCAGUGCCCCUUCCGGGAGACCCUGUACUGAGCAGCCGGUAGGAACGGUCACGGAUUCGAUGGAACUGCGAGACUUCCAGGCCCAGAACCGCCGGCUGCUGCCCAACUUCAGAAACCCACUGCACGUCAUUGACGGACCGGAGCAUCGCUACUUUGUGGGCAUCAUYGACAUCUUCACUGUCUACAGCUUCAAGAAGAGGUUGGAGUAUUGGUGGAAGAGACUGCGGCACCCAGGGCAGGCCUUCUCCACCGUCAGCCCCCCAGCUUACUGCCAUAGGCUCUGCCAGUGGGUACAGGACCACACCAGGUAGACUCAGAAAGAGGAGAGGAUGAGGAUGAGGAUGGUUACUCUCACUAGCACACUGUCUGCCCAGGGACACACAUGCACGCAAAUACACACACACUAGCAACUGUGACGCUGUUCAGAGACAUAAAGCUAUUCUUUUAAAGCGCUGUAAUUUCAGAUUGACCAAGAGGCAGUUAUUUUCACGUUUCCACAUGUCCAGACCAAAGCCAAAACGAACAUAAACCAUUAUAUGGAAAUAUAUUCACCACCGGGUUCUCCCUCUUCAUAUUCUUUCAUUUUUCUUAAGUAACAAAGAAAAAGGURCAACAUUUAAAAUCUAGUGCUAUGAAUUGAUUAGCUGAUUUUCCAAAGUAUAAGUUUAGUUAGUGAAUCAAUAAUGAAAACAAAAAUGAUUUAGCAAAUUUGCCACCUGUUUUUUAUUUUUAUUUUUUUUACGUUUGACUCCUAUGGAUUUUUUUUCUCCCAAUUUAACUUUGACGUUUUGAUACCUGUUGUAUAUUGUUGUAUGUUUUUUUUUAAAUGCCUUUCUUACGCACUUCUCAGUAGUUGGUAUUCAGACUUAACUUAUGCAGGUGCGUGACGGGCUUUGCAGUCGUGGUUGACUUGCGCGCGCUGAAUACAUGUAUCUUUAAAUACGGUGCUGAAUACAUACACCUUUAAAUACGGUGUACCUUUCAUUUUGACAACACUCACUAGAAUGGGUUCAGAAUAUAAGGAUCAAUGAAUGAAACCCAUCUAAAGAUAUGCAUAUUCGUGUCCAUUUCAGGACCAACUAGUCGACCAACUAGUUUAUUUAGGCACAUUUUGGGUUAAGAAUGUAUAUAUGAAUUGUAAAAAGGUACAGGGUUUGGAGAGCCUUUACACACUAAAUACAGUGCAUUCGGAAAGUAU